AUGAAAAGCAUACAGUGGCUCUACCUAUAUGGACUAGUAAUCGUGGUGUUGAUCCCAGCCAGCUGGCAGAUUGUCCUCAACGAUUUGUCCAAUGAGUCUAGAUGGCAAUCUUUUGAAUCGAAAAGUGCUCAGAGUUUUACUUCCAACAUCAAGCGGCAUUCUGAAGGCACCUUCACCAGCGAUUUUACCAGAUAUUUGGACAAGAUGAAGGCCAAGGAUUUUGUGCACUGGCUUAUCAACACGAAACGUUACAGCUCUACAAAGAGGUCCAUAAAAGGAGACCACGACACCAUCUCCUUCCCUUCUGACCACUCACUAUUUAGGUCCGAUUAGCCACCAGACCAAGAAAUCAGCCUUGUGGAAGGAUAUUCCCACAGCUGUCUAGUGGAUCUAGUCACCUCUGACAACGAUCAAAG